AUGACGUCCACUGCAGAGGUGAUCAAGGAGUUUCAAAACGUUACGGGGGCUGAUGCCGAUACCAGCAAAUUCUACCUCGAAUCGAGUGGCUGGGACAUAAGCGCGGCCACAGAGAUGUUCUUCGAAAGUGGAGGGCAGCCCACGGUCGCUCCUGCUGGCGGCAGCGGUCAAGCUGUAGCUGGCGGCCAUGCGCCUCCCGCCACGUCGGCCGCUCCCAGGCCUGCCAGGUCCCAACCUCAGCGGGGCGGGAUUCGCGGCUUCUCCGACCUGGGCGGAGACGACGCCGAGGAGGAGGGCCAGGACUUCUACACGGGCGGCAAGGCCAGCGGCAUGGUGGUGCGCGACCCCAAGGCCCCGCCCUCGGGCUCCAGCCACGACAUCGUCUCCGAGCUCAUGGAGAACGCGCGCAAGCACGGAGGAGCGGAGGCCCCUCCCGAGCAGCCCGCUGCUGCGCCAUCCAGGCCCGUCUUUGUCGGCUCUGGCUACCGGCUGGGCGACGAGACGAAGCCGAGCGAGAAGAUCGUGCCCAGGGAGGACCGCGCCGCGGCAGAGCGGGAGGAGAAGGGACCGGUCACGCGCUCUCUCGUCUUCUACCGACAAGGCUUCACCGUCGACGGUGGACCCCUCCGUAGCUACACCGACCCCGCCAACGCCGAGUUCCUGAACGACAUCAACAAGGGUAUCGCGCCCGCCGAGCUGGAGAGGGAGGCGCGAGGCCGCCCGCUGUCGGUCAAUCUGAUGGAUAAGAAGAGUGAAGACUACGUCCCGCCGCCCAAGGUCAUCACUCCUUUCGCUGGCGCCGGCCAGCGCCUUGGCGGGCCCAGUUCUGCGCCGGCGCCGGCGGCAACCACGGCAAGCAGCGCGCCGCGAAGGCCGCUGGUGGUGGACGAUACGCAGCCGACGACGAGCGUGCAGAUCCGACUGCACGACGGCACGCGCCUGGUGGCCAAGUUCAACCACACGCACACGGUGGGCGACCUGCGUGGCUUCGUCGACGCGGCCCUGCCCAAGAGGGUGGCCUACCAGCUGCAGACCACCCUGCCCGUCCGCGUCCUGGCCAACGAGUCGCAGACUCUCCAAGAGGCCGGCCUGCUGGGCUCCACCGUCGUGCAGCGGCCGCUCUAG